GAGAGAGGCUGCCUUUGCCUUGCCUGCGGUGUGUCCACGCCGAGUCCAUCGGAGCCAUGGGUGCCACUCAGCGGGCAGCCCUUUUGCUGGUGCUGCUUGGCCUGGUGGCGCCGGCAAGAGGUGGGUGCCCCGAAGCCUGCCGCUGCUCCUUCACCAGCCUGCACUGCCUGGAGCCCAACCGUGUGGCCAGCAUCCCUGCACUGGGCCUGCAGGACAGCGAGAACGUCACCGACAUCUAUAUUGAAAACCAAGCCAAUCUGAGAAACAUUACAGACUUCGAUUUCCCCACCUAUCGAGAACUGAAGAACUUAACUAUCACUUUCUGUGGACUGGUCCACAUCUCUGCGAAGGCCUUCCAGUAUAACCUCAAGCUCCAGUACGUUAACUUGGCUUCCAACUUUCUGGAAUUUGUCAGCUGGAGAGUGUUCCAUUCUCUUCCUCUAAUGACCCUGAUUCUGAAAGACAACAGCUUGUCCUGCUCCUGUGACAUUCACUGGCUACAGCAGUGGCAGCAGACUGGGCUCGGGGACCUCCUUCAUCAGUCGCUGCACUGCCACGCGAACGGAACCAUCUACCCGCUGGAGGAUGUGGUGAUGGAGAACUGCAGCAUGCCUGAGGUUUCUAUCAUCCCCUCCCACCACACAGUUCGGGAAGGGAGCAACUUGACCUUUGUUUGCCAGGUGAAAGGUGACCCCAUGCCUUCGGUGAGCUGGAUAACGGAGGACCUGCAGUCUCAUUACACCCUCCAGGAGCGAAUCUGGGGGAUGACACUGGAGCUUGUUCUCAAUCUAUAUAAUGUCUCCUCCCUGGACAACCUACACAAUUUGACCUGUGAGGCUGAGAACAGAGCUGGUCCGGGGGAAGACAUGGUGAUGCUGGACAUCCAGUUCCCAGUCAGGAUCCUAUGGCUGAGAGAUGCAGAAGCUCAGCAUCACUGGUGCUUCCCCUUCGCAGUGGAUGGCAACCCUCCCCCCACCAUCCGUUGGCUUUACAAUGGCUCUGAGCUGAUCGAGUCCGAAUUCACCUACACUCAGCUCAUUCUGGACAGAGAUGAUGGCUCCGUGCAACAUGGCUGUCUCUUCCUCAACAAGCCCACCCAUCUCAACAAUGGCCACUACACCCUUAUUGUGGACAAUGGCCUGGGUAGGGACCAGGCUACCGCCACUGGAAUUUUCAUGGACAGCCCCUUUGGUGAUCUUGAUCCGGAGGGUAUCAUACCCAGUGAGUAUGACAAGUGAACUCCCACCAAUAAAUCCAAUACAGAUGUCACAGAGAAUCUGGAGAACAGGGUUUUUGGUGUGUCAGUGGCUGUGGGUCUCGCUGUGUUCGCAUGCACCUUCCUUCUUAUUAUGGUCCUGGUCAUCAACAAGUGUGGCCAACGCUCUAAGUUUGGCAUCCACCGGGCAUCUGUCCUGGGCACUGAGGAUGACCUUGCAGUCUCACUCCGUUUCAUGAAUUUUGGGGCCAGCACUCCAACUUCAGACAAGAGCACCUUAGAAUCUGGGCUGUCCAGCUUUGUGGAGAACCCCCAGUACUUCAGUGGCAUCUUCAAGGACAAGGAUAUGUGUGUGCAGCAUAUUAAGCGCCAAGACAUUGUAUUGAAGUGGGAGCUGGGGGAGGGCGCCUUUGGCAAGGUCUAUCUGGCAGAGUGUGCCAAGCUAAGUCCCGACACCGACAAGAUGCUUGUGGCCAUUAAGACCCUGAAGGAUGCCACCGAAUCCACGCGACAGGACUUCCAACGUGAGGCCGAGCUGCUGACUGUUCUCCAGCACGAGCACAUUGUGCGCUUCUAUGGAGUUUGCACUGACGGCGAGCCCCUGGCCAUGGUCUUUGAGUACAUGAGGCAUGGAGACCUCAACCGCUUCCUCAGGGCUCAUGGUCCUGAUGCUCGGAUGCUGGAGGAGGUGAAGAUACCCCCCAUGGGGCAGCUGACCCUUCCACAGAUGCUCCACAUUGCAGCCCAGAUUGCGUCCGGGAUGGUCUACCUGGCGUCCCUGCACUUUGUCCACAGGGAUCUGGCUACUCGAAACUGCCUUGUUGGAGAGGGCCUGGUUGUGAAGAUUGGGGACUUCGGAAUGUCCCGGGACAUCUACAGUACAGACUAUUACAGGGUUGGUGGACGAACCAUGCUGCCCAUUCGCUGGAUGCCUCCUGAGAGCAUCAUGUACAGGAAGUUCACCACAGAAAGUGACAUCUGGAGCUUUGGUGUGGUCCUUUGGGAGAUCUUCACCUUUGGAAAGCAGCCUUGGUAUCAGCUCUCCAACAGCGAGGCGAUAGAGUGUAUCACGCAGGGCCGAGAGCUAGAGAGACCCCGCACGUGUCCCAAGGAGGUGUAUAUUCUCAUGCAGGCCUGCUGGCAGAGGGAGCCCCAACAGAGAAUGGUCAUGAAAGACAUCCACAGUCGCUUGGUCACACUAGUCAAGAACCCACCAGUCUACCUGGACAUCUUGGAAUAG